UCCAUUCCAUUCCGAUCCAUUCCCCAAUCAUUCAUCAAAUCCAUCGCCGAAAUCACCAUCCUCCUCGUCGAAGAAGCAAAAAGUAUAGUGACCGAUCCAUCAUCAAUCACACCGGUGGGUGGGGGGGGGAGGGGAUGGGGUCGGAGGCGAAGGAGGAGGUGGCGGUGGUGUUCACCUACGGCACGCUCAAGAAGGGAUUCCACAACCACCGGGUGCUGGAGGAGCUGAUGGCCACCGGGGAGGCCGCCUUCCUGGGGAGGUGCCGCACCUCCAUCAAGUACCCCCUAGUGUGCGGGCCCUACAGAGUGCCCUUCCUCCUCGACCUCCCGGGCUCCGGCCGCCUCGUGUCCGGGGAGCUCUACUCGGUUACGUCGGAGAGAGCCCUCUCCCUGCUGGACGAGCUGGAGGGCACCUCCCGCGGGCACUACCAGAGGCGUCCCAUCGAGGUGGUCGAGCUGGUAGAUGGGGAGGAGGAGGAGGAAGAGGACGGAGAAGAGGGGAGGAAAAGGAGGAAGACGAGGAGGGCGGAGGCGUACUACGCGGACGGCGGCUACGCGAUGGAGAUGUGGGACAAGUGCGGGAGGAUGGGGCACGGGAGCUACACGGCGGAGGUGGCGCGCGGGUACGUGAAGCGCGGGGACAGGCCCCCCAACCUCUCCUUCCUCCACCACAUUCGCUGCUUCCUCUCCUCCUCCUCCUCCUCCUGAUGGCAUUGGCCGCCACCUUUUGUUUAUUUUUAUUUUUAUUUUCUUUUUGUCUCUUCCCUCCUGUGACUUGUGUGUGUGUGUCUCUCUCUCUCUCUCCUCUGUACUCUUUUACUCUCCCCAGUGGAGGACGAGCCCUUUACAAUUUCGUUGGGACGAAAAAAAAAAAAAAAAAGAAACAUUAUAGCACGAGUCUCUUUUGGCA